AAAACAUAUUGCAUAGUUUAUCCAGAAAAAAGUUUGUUGCUCAUUUUCUGGGCAAAACAGAGGGGAAGAUGAGGCCAGGCAAAGAACCUAAGAGGAGAAGCCGAAGCUCAUCGCCAAUCAGGGACCGAACCAGAGUUCCCUCGAAAUUGGAACAAACCCUAAGUGGGUCUCGUCCUUCCGUCUCUGUUCUGGACCGAGAGCUAGCCACCAACGACGACGCCAUUACUCUCUUUGAAACCAAUUCGGUUCCCAACCCUCGAAGCUUUCCAUACAGUGUCAAGCAGCAAUGCUGGGACAAGGCCGAUAAGGUCAAAGGCCGAGACCCUGAUAGGUGGCGCCGAGAUGCACUCGGAAACAUAGUGUUUCGGAAGCUCGUGGGCUGCCCUGGUUGCCUCUGCCAUGACUAUGAUCACAUUUUGCCCUACUCUAAGGGAGGACAAAGCACACUGGAAAACUGUCAGGUUUUGCAGGCUACAGUAAAUCGGUCAAAGGGAAACCGGACCGAGUUGUCUAGAGCUGAACUGAUUCAGAAAAGUUCUUAUUGUCGGGUGUCAGGUCGUGAUAUGGAUCUACUUGAACUUUCAGCGUAUGGCAAUGUACGUCGUGGACAGGAUUCUGGGGGAUGUAGAAUCCAAUAACUGAUUAAAGCUUUUAUCUUGUAGAUUGACUCCAGAGGUUAGAUUGGAAAUUCAUAUUCUUAGACAUUCAUCCAGUUCCAGCUUGGCUCACUGGUUUUGUUGUAAUUCUAUGAAACCGCAGUGAAAUUCAUUGAUUAUCAUCCGCAAUGAAAGUCAUUGAUUAUCCUUAAACAAUUGUAAAUACAUGAAGUAUGCAUCUACACUUUUCUCACUGCUAAUGGAUUGAACAGUUUAACACUGAUA